AUGCAGGAUGCGUGUCUUGUACAUGCUUUCUGUGACCAAGACGUCUGCAGCCGACUUCAGGUGCACGCGAGCACUUCACCAAGCUCCCUGCUCAUCAUCCAAGGACAAAACGUCCACAAUGUCUCCGAGUCAGACGUGACCGAAGGAACCCUGGUCCCCACCUCCCCAGGAUCCCGGCAGGUCGUCACGUUCCUGCUCCCGACGACGUGGCUUCCGGUCAACGAGAGUGCCCACGACGUCUACUUCAUCCUGUUCACCUGGAACCCUGAGGGCCUGCGGUCGAACCGCUCCAACUUGGCGACGGCAAACUUCCCGGACGCCCAAAAGGUCAUGCAGAAAGACGUGCCCUUCUGGGACUGGUUCUCCAACUCCUCGACAGCCAUGUACGGGUGCACGGUGCUGCUGGCGCUGGCGCUGGGCGGGGUCGUGUGCCUGCUGAUCGUGUCCUGGCUGCGGACGAGAAGGAAGGGGGAGUACCCCGUGGCCGUGUUCAGGACGGCUCCCAUGAAGGGCGACGUGGAGAGGGCGUGCCGCGUGAACCUUCUCAGUCGUACCUAGAGCCACUGCAUACGCUACGUUCAGAGUAACGACACUCCAUUUAUUGCUUGUCUUGUGGGUGCCACCACUUUGGUGCCUAGUUGCCAGGGUUGCCGCCAUUUUGUUGCUACAAUUGGUGAAAGUGAUUGGUAAUUCGAAGACGCGACUUCCUGAGCGCAGGUUACGGUGGCAGUAAGUUCACACGAUAUCGUUUUGCUCAGUCGUGAACUGUUUUAACAUUUUUGGAGCACGGACCGUUUUGUGCCGAUAUUUCUGAUAAAGCUUCGAGUACCUGGCAGGUCGUCUGAUUUUAAACCUCAAAAAGGCCGAAGUGCCGUUACUUUGACGCUUAGCGUAUUUGGUGACCCAAGUUGUGUGUAGGACACACGAGAACUGUCAGUGUUUCUCCGCGACCUUGUGUGUCUGCACUGUGCCAUCCUCACCUUCUAGUCUUCGGAACGUGCUAGUGAUAGAUUUAAUUUAUUUUAUUAUUGCCGGUUUGUAUAUUUUAUUGCCCCGAGGUAGUGAGUAGGCGGCACUAAGGUCGGCUGCUGGUCAGCGCGGCUGGUGGUCAAAUAGGGCAGCUUUAAGCAGUGAAUGACGCCGAACGAUUGGACGCGAGUGCUGCCUUACGGUUCGACAGAUCACUCGGGUGCUUGAGCUAAGGUCGCAGGCUCUAUUAAAUUGACCUUGAAACAUCCAUGAGUUGGUUGGGAGAGUUCCACACUGGAUUGCGCUACCUGCCCAAACAAACUGACUGAAUUAUACCUUUUGCUUCGAUGCAAGUUAUAGCACAAGUGAGACGGGAUACAAGUAGACUACAAAGGCGAUAGUCUCAGUAGGUAUUCCACAUGUUCGCUUCAUUUUGGUAUUGCAAGUCGGGACGUCAUACUCUCAUCCUUCAAUUGAAAUAAAAUACAUAUUGAGAGCCUUUA